GAGAGAGAGAGAGAAUAGUGAGUCCAUCAGAUAUUCAACGGCAAUAAUGUCGUCUUCGUCUUCCUCAGCCUCUGCGUUUACCUCUCUCAUCAGGAUGAAUACUAGUACCGACAGAGAUGUGAGCUACAGGUGUGGGUGUUGCGGAUACGCACUGAACCUGAGCUCCUGCAACCGCAAUACCUCUGUUAUUGGGUCGGAAUACGACAAGGCCAUGAAGCGAGGGGUUAUCUCAUUCUUUUGUAUUGAUGAGACCAGAUUCACCCACAUUACUAAAUUCCGGUGUUUGCCGUAUUUCAGGUCCAAACACUCGUGGGGUCUCUUUCGCCGCCACACCAAGCUGCUCUGCCGGGAGUGUGGAAACUACAUUGGUACAUUGCCUUCUUCACUCAACCCACAAUCACAACAAUGGGAUGGCCUUUCUGCAUGCCGCAGCUAUGACAUCAACAUUUCUUCAUUGACACCAUCAUCUCAAGAUUGAUUUCCAAGAUUCAUUCUCAGCAAGUGAGUAAAAGAAUAAAGGCAACCAAGAGCUACAGUAAUUCAUUUCAACAAUUUUUAUUUUUGUGAGUUUUGAUGAUGCUUACUCAAAAGCUGAUACACUUCAAUUCUUAGCUAGCUAUACUAUAUGCUAGCAAGUAUGUACAAGAGAGGCAUUAUAUUGGUUGCUACCAAACCAAAGGUUUCAAGGAAAAUAAUAAUGUACCUUGUAGAUGUGUCAUUCAA